GACGUUUGUAGCAUCGCAUUGCAGAGGUUCAUUUUGUGUUUGUGAAAGUAAAAAUAAAUAGUUUACUAUAAAAAAGGGAAUUGAUGAUUUUAACUUAUUUGUAAAACAAUACCCUGCAAUAAUAUUACAGAGUCAGUGUAAUAAACCAACUCCUAAUCAUGGAAGAGGACAAAUUUGCGCUAGUUGAGAAAAUUUUGAAGGAUGUUGAAACUAUUAUGUCCAAAAAUGCUGAGUUAUGUUCCUUCGACAUAGUUCCAGUGGACACAAAUUUUCAAAACAAAUCGCCUGUUUUACAUUUGGAAAACUGCCUCGGAUUAGAGUCUUGGUGUGUGAAACAUGUUUACAUGUACUGCUACACGGAAUUAAUGGACAAAUACUUCUCUAAACCCAAGAGAAAGUCCCUGAAAGUGACAACCCUGAAUGCUGAAAGACUGGCCAAGCUUUUAAACAUUACAUUGCUUCUCAACCCUGAGCUGAGUACACUGUGGAACAAAAGACGAGAGAUGGUGGAGAAGAAUCUGUUGGAUAAGACGUUUGAGUUGCGUUUCUCCAGAAUAGUUUUAACACGGAAACCUAAGUGUAAUGACGCUUUUGCAUACAGAAGAUGGCUUUUAAAAGACAUUUUCCUAGAUAUAAACUUCCGCAAUAACAUGGAUAACUGCAUCAACGAGGAGUUGAACAUUUGUGGUCUCGCAUCAGAAAAAAGCCCAAACAACUAUCACAGCUGGAGCCACCGCAUGUGGUUAUUACAGAAACUGAAAUCAUUGAGCAUCGAAGACAUGAGCACAUUGCACAUUAAAGAGUAUGAUUUCUCUCAGCAAUGGACCGCUAAACACGUCUCAGACUUCAGUUGCUACCACUACAGACAGUUUUGCAUUAAAAAUAUGUUUUCCAUGAAAUCUACGGAAAUCUGGAAAGCUUUUGAGAAUACUGUAAAUAUUAGUUUGCGUAAAAGCUUUGUAAGAAUCUUGGCACUUAAUUUCCCAGAGGACACAACAAUACACUCAUCUGAGAAUGACCUACUGAAUUAUUCAGAUGAAAAUUUAAUAAUUCUCUUACUAGGGAAAAGCUUUAAGAAUAACUGCAGUUGUCCACUAGAUUUCUUUAUGAUUUGCCGCCAAGUUGAGUUGUUAUUCCAUGAGUUAAGUUUGAACAAUGAACUGAUAAGGUUCUAUAAGCAGCAUGAGACGCUGUGGUACCACAGAAGGUUUAUAAUUCAUGAGUUAAUGUCUAUAAUGUAUGAAUAUUUUGGUCUAGUGCGUCAGAAUAGUGUUUUAGUUAAAAAUGUGUGUGGUGUGUGUCAACCGCAUGAGUUACUGCAGAAACAAGUUAAGAUAGUUAAGUAUGACAGUAACUGCAUUUUCUCCAGUCUUUUGUUUAAUAUUCUUAUAACUCAUGAGCGUAAUUUCUAUGAAGAAAGAAGCAGUGAUGGGGAUAACUAUGCAGACAGACAUGAAAAGUAUUUAAAGUUUGUGGAAGGAUUAAAUUUUAAUAACACAUAAUUCAAAAUGAGAAAGGCAUUCUUAGUAAUUUCAACCUCGGAAUUAAAGUUUAUUUAGAUGUACCUGUGACUUUGUU